AUGCCACCUAAAGUAGAGAAAGAAGCAUGGAACGAAGAACAUAACACGAUUUUGCUUCGAGGUAUCAUUCGACAAUCUCUCGUGCACAGAUCAGAUAUCUACCAGCUCCCAGGACUUGAAGGUGUAUCGGAGAACGGCGGCGAUAGGAUCAACAAGAAACUUCAAUCGAUCUUGAAGAAAGUAUCAGAGAAGUACCCAGGAAUGGUAGAUGAGGAGCUCAAAUCUUUGGGUAGAAGUAGAUCAAAGAAUGGUGAUGGUAAUGGUAUCGCUACUCCCACUUCUUCACCCAAGAAAGACAAAGGUGGAAAUGGUAAUACAACACCAAAGAAAAGAAAGGUCAAGGAAGAGGACGAAGAGGAGUGA